GUAACUGCGUGGCCACGACGGCGCCCUUCGACGUCGAGGUCGGAUUCCCGGUCGACGCGAACGGCGUCCUGAAAGCAAUGCAGGUCAUCCUUUCUCAGGCGGGCAAGCCGUGCAAGAUCUCGGCGACGAUCGACAGCUACACGUUCGGCGGUAAAAACGGCAUCGCCGAGAUCUCGGAGGCCCUGGCCGCCGGCAUGACACCCAUCAUCAGCUACUGGAGCAACGAGGGGCUCGGCUGGAUGGAUGGCUCCCGCCCGGACCCUGCCGGCGGGAUCGAGGGCGUCUGCGAGAUCGACACGCCGAGGGAGACUGCCCAGAGUACGUGA